AUGGCGGACGAUGACCCAAUGACGCAGCAGGAAUAAUUAAAAGAUGAUGGGAGUGAACCAUAUGGAAAAUUUCGAAUCGCAAAGCAAAUAUUGUGUUCAAUCGCUUACAUGUGCCAAGAGAGAGUAUUUGCUGAGGAAGUAGACAAACUAGAAGAAAUUGGAGAGAGGCUGAUAGAGGUAUUAGAUGUGUAUAGUAUGAAAGGAAGGACUCUGUACGGAUUUCAAGUCAGGUUUGACAAUGAAUGAUUAAUCGGAGAGAGAGAGAGCAUUUGGACACAAUAGGAAACCCAGAAUUGAACCUAAAGGGUAUUGUGAGUUGUGGCUGGGAGCUUUGAAUGAUUUUACAAUGAAAGUUUUAUGCAUAGCAGCCAUCGUCAGUAUUAUAGUUGAUGUUUCAACUGCUGAUGAUAGUUACAGGAAAUUGGCUUGGAUUGAAGGUAAAUAAUAAAAUAAAUAAAAUAGGAUUUGCAAUAUUGGUAGCAGUGAUUAUAUCUACAAAUGCAAAUGCUGUGAAUGAUUACCAAAAAGAACGACAAUUUUAAAAAUUGAAUGAAGUAGCCGAUGAGAGAAAGAGAGUGACAGUAGUUAGGAAUGGAAAGAAGUGUGAUAUUCAUAUGAGUGAAGUGCUGGUUGGAGAUGUUGUACAAAUAUUCGAAGGAAUGGAAAUCCCUGCAGAUGGUUUUGUACUGGAAGCAUCAGAUUUGACAGCUGACGAGAGUGCUAUGACUGGAGAAACUGAUCCAAUCAAAAAAAAUGUGUUGAGUGAAUGUGUUAACAAGAGGAACUAAUUAAAAGAAGAAGGAGGACAAGUAAAUAUAAAUAUAAUUAUAUUAUUAGAACACAGCAGGCCAUCACGAUGUUCCAUCUCCAAUAAUGAUGAGUGGAACAAGAGUUCUAAGUGGUGAAGGCAAGAUGCUCAUUCUUGUUGUAGGAGACUCAUCCUGUGCUGGUAAGAUUGCAGCAUUGUUGAGAUAAGAUGAACCAGAAGGUAAAUAUAAUUAUAAGAUUUAAUAGCCACUCCUUUGUAAAUGAAGUUAACUGCAAUAGCAGAAGAUAUUGGUAAAUUUGGAUUGAUCUCAGCAAUUUUGAUUGUUUGUGUUAUGUGUUUAAGAUUUGGUAUUGAGAGAGGAUUGAAUGAUGAUUGGGAAAAUUAUAUGAUUGUUACAAUCAUUGGAUACUUUAUCAUUGGAAUCACAGUGGUCGUCGUUGCUAUUCCAGAAGGAUUGCCAUUGGCAGUUACUCUAUCAUUGGCUUAUUCAACCAAAUAAAUGCUUCAAGAUCAGAAUCUAGUCAGAAAAAUGGCAGCAUGUGAAACUAUGGGAGGAGCCUCUAUGAUUUGUUCAGACAAAACAGGAACUUUGACUCAAAACAAAAUGUCACUCGUUAAUGUGUGGAAUGAUGAUAUCAUUGAAAUAGAUACCUAUUCUGAAAAACAAUAAUUGACAUCUUAUUUCCCAUAAAACUUCUAAGAAUUCUUUAUUUAAUGUGCUGUUGUCAAUGGAUCUGCUAUGCUUAGGCCUGAACCCAAAGGUUCUAAGACAGAAAUUGCCUUAUUGGAAUUCAUCGAAAGAUGCACUAUGAAUUAUGAAGAACAAAGAGAGAAAUAUCCAGCUAGUACUAAAUUCCCCUUUAGCAGUUAAAGAAAAAGAAUGUCUAUGGUUUUAGAAUUAGAUGGAGGAAGACGUAGAUUGGUUUGUAAAGGAGCAUCAGAAAUGGUAUUGGCUGCAUGUUCAUAAUAUCAUUCUAAGGGAAAUGGAUCUAUUGUUCCCAUGAAUCAAGACUUAAAAUAGAAAGUAGAGAAAGCAAUUGAAACUAUGGCUGGCAGAGCAUUGAGAACUAUUUGUUUAGCAUACAAGGAAAUCAGUGCCAGAGAAGAUUUGACAACUAAAGAUCCAAAGGGUGUAUAUGCUGUUGAAUAAAGUGACUUAACCUUGGUUGCAGUAUUGGGAAUCAAAGAUAUUCUUAGACAAGAAGUGCCAAGAGCUAUUUAAUUAUGCAGAAGAGCAGGAAUUAAAGUUAGAAUGGUUACUGGAGAUAAUAAAAUGACUGCUAGAGCUAUUGCUAAGGAAUGUGGUAUCAUUACACCAGGAGAUGAUUAAUCUAUUGUUAUGGAAGGACCUGACUUUAUUGCUAAAAUUGGUGGUGUUGUUUGCUCAAAGUGUAGAACUGCUAUCUGCCCUUGUGCAAGAGAUAGUACUACUGCAAAGAAGGAAAAUAAGGAUGUUAGAGUUGAUACAAUUGCAAAUGCACAAGAGUUCGACAAAAUCUAUCCUCAUUUAGAUGUGUUGGCUCGUAGUAGACCUGAAGAUAAGUAUGCUUUAGUAACAGGUUUGAUUGAAAGAGGUCAUGUGGUUGCUGUUACAGGUGAUGGUACUAAUGAUGCUCCAGCUUUGAAAAAGGCAGAUGUUGGAUUUGCUAUGGGUAUUGCAGGAACUGAAGUUGCUAGAGAGGCUGCUGCUAUUAUUCUAUUGGAUGACAACUUUAAUUCAAUUGUUAAGGCUGUUAUGUGGGGUAGAAAUGUCUAUGAUAACAUCAAAAAGUUUUUGAGAUUUUAAUUGACUGCUAAUUUGGUUAGUGUGGGAUUGACAUUAAUUGGUGCUGCUGUUUUGAGUUAGGAAAUUUUGAAACCUAUUUAAUUGUUAUGGGUUAACUUGAUUAUGGAUACUCUAGGUUCUCUUGCCUUAGCCACAGAGCCACCCACUGAGAAAUUACUGUAUCGUAAACCACAUGAUAGAAAUGAGUACAUCAUCUCUAAAAAGAUGUUUAAAUUCAUUAUUGGAACUGCUUUAAUAUAAUUAGCUGUUGUUUUAUUUAUAGUGUUUGCAGGAGAUUCCUUUUUGCCUGAAUAUGCUGAUGAGUAUGAUCUUACAGCAUACAGAGGAAUAAAGAAACGAUACAAAUAUAGUGAUCAUUUGUGCAAGACUACUUAUGAAGAUCUCAAGAAAUAUUCAGAGGAAAGUGGUAGAGCUAUGACUUUGAUUCCAGAUGUCUCGGCAUCAAAGGAUGUUAAAUAGAGUGGUUAUUGUUUAUCAUCUGAAUGUGUGUGCCAUGAAGAUAAAUGUUAUGACAUCAUGUGUGAGGAAUGUGAUUUUGAAACUAGUUGCACUAUUGUAGCCAGCGGUAGAUUGAAUACUCCUGAUGGAAAAAGAGAUUAUGCAGUAUUCUAUGAAGAUACUCACGAACCUUCUCGUCAUGUAUUAAUUAAUUCAUAAACAAUUAGUUUACUUAUGUCUUUAAUGUUUUCAUUAUGCUUCAAUUAUUUAAUUUUCUCAAUAGCAGAAGAUUCAAUGAUGAAAUCAACAUUUUUGAAGGAAUCGCCAAACAUGAGGCCUUCUUAACAAUCGUACCUGUUAUUUUCUGUAUCUAAAUCCUCAUGGUAACAUUUGGUUCUAAAGCUAUUGGUCUUUAUGGUAAUUUCGGACUCAAAAUAUAACAAUGGUAAUUCUUGAAUAUAUUUGUUUAGGUUGAUCGGUAUUGGAUUCGGAUGUAUUUCAAUUAUUGGGUGUUUCUUCCUGAAAUUCAUCAAGGAAGACAUGUGUUGUGAAUGUGGUAGCAAAGAAAUCAACCCAAUGGAAACUGAACAUAAGGUUAUCGCCUUAAAGGGAGAUCAUUCCUCAGGUGGCUUAGCAAGACGUUAUUCAUCUCUUGUAAACUCAUUCAUUUAUCUUUUAGAGACACGAUUAGAAUCCUUUUAGUGCUCCUCAUCAAUAACAUUAGCAUUGAAUAAUUAUA